CUAAUUGAUGUUACUGACAGGUUACGCUAUGGGUCUGGGAUGUGAUCAACUUGCACACUUAUACUUCGUCUAGAUCCAAAACAUCAACUUAAGACGUGCAACCAGAUAGUUUAUAAAAAAGUACCCACAACCAUCACAUCCCUGGCCUCUAACCCAACGACACAAUCGCCGCUAAGAUAACCGACUACCCCAACUCUCACUUCCUCAUCUACUACCAAAACCCUUCCAGGCUACUAUGAGAGUCCUCUAAGCAAGCCUUUGCCGAUCACGGCAUCAUCAACAUCGAGGUCGUCGUCGGCGAUAGCCUGACCACUCUACCUUCUCUCCACCCCGAGGAGCCAUAGGAUGUGAUGUUUCUCGACACCCGAAAGACGGUGCGUCCGCAGUACCUGGCGACGAUCCUGGAGCAGUCGCUGCCGGGGAGUAAGGAGGGAUGGUUGCUGCGGAAGCGGGGGAAGGGAAGGGAGGAGUCAUUAUGGAGGAUCAUGUGCUGUGGUGGAGGUUGGUUGCGGAUGAUAGUCGGGGGAACCCGUAUCGGAAGGGGAAGGUGAAUGGGGGAAAUGCUGUGAAUGGGUAUGGGGGUGUCGAUGGGGACUAUGAGAGGAAGGACGAGACGGAGAAACUGAGGGAGUUCAACGAAAUUAUGCAUCAGAAUGAGCGGCUUUAUAUUUUCAUGAUGCCGCUUUGGGAUGGGGUUGGGUUGGCUCCUCAGAAGGCUCCUCAGAAGACCCUCGGACAACCUAGAUCGUUAAAGCACACGGGAGAUCAGGUGGACGACUCUUGGUACAAACCUGCCCUCGGCCAAUGCAUCCCAGGCUUCAGCUAUCCCAUCCAAAGUGUGGGGAACGAAGAAUGCUACAUUCAACGACACCCAAUCACCGGCAACUUCAUACAGGUCGUCUGCAUCCAGGAAUGCUCCAGUCGGGUUGCCUGGGUCUCUCUCUAUUCAAGCCCGGCAAGGUUUGGCCCUUACGCCUUCUCCUUAUCCCGCGAUGAUCUUAGCCUUGAUGAUUCUACAGGAUCAAGUGCGUACGCUGGAAUGCCCAUUAGAGGGUUAAACCCCUCAAACCCAGCUGCCAUGCCGGCUAUCCAAGGUAUUUCUGCAGCCAUGGAGUCUUCGCUGACCAGCCUUCGCCCCAGUCUUGCCGAAUCAAGAACCUCGAAUCAAGCUCACACCGGGCCCACCUCGGGUUGUCCUACAACCCCCCAUUGCCAGCGCAGGAGCGACUUCCCGCAGCACCACCGACAGUACCCACCAGUAACGGCAGCAGUUCAUAGUUCCACGAGCUUUGUACAAGCAUCAAGUAGAAGAAGGCUAUACACAUGCCAUAGAUGGAACGUUCUUCCCCAUCUGAUGCGGCCCCGAUGGGGACUAGGCACGGUUCCAGGCCGACGUGGUCCACAACAACGAGAUCCUCAACUAGUUGCGGGCAAAAGACGAUGA